AUGACGCAUUAUUCAACACACAAAUAUAAAAACAAAUCAGGGAGAGUGGCAAAAGGCAGCAGCUCACGGGCGCCACCCUCUCUGAGGAGCCCCACCACUUCCUUUCAUGUGAGAAUUCAACACGUCAAGCACCGAGUUGAAAUCAAUGGUCUGACCAGUCUCGUCCAGCCUCUGAAUGAUGGAAACAACAUGGUCAGCCCUGUAACCCAUCCCCACCAACUUCUCGAUCAACUCAUUGUAUUGGUGUCCAACUCCCCUGUGGUGGAAGGAUUGCGGCUGUCCGUACGCAGGAGCAGCCGAGGUCUUGUUGAGGUGCUGAGGUGGCGGCAUUGGGGAAGUCGGCCUGCCAUAGCCAUAGUCUUGGGGCGGUGGUGGGCCCACAUACGCGGCCGAGGGCCUCUGCAUGGGUAUGCUGCUUGGGGCCCAUGCCCAUUUCAGGGGGCUGAUGAGGUGGGAUCACAUAAGGGGUGGUGUAGACUCCCAUCUGAGGCUGAGGCUGUGGAGUGGAGGCCCACUGCUGCUGAUAUGGAGGUGGUGGUGGCACCUGCUGCUGCUGAGGAAGGGGCUCAGUUAGAUUUUGUGGUGGAUACUGUUGAGAUGGGGCUGACAAGGAUUCCUUGUGCGCAAGCUGAAGCUUCGCGAGCUCCUUUUGAGUAUCAGCCAGUUCCUGCUUGUCCCUUAGAAUCUGCACUGACCUAUGGACCUGCAUUCACAACAAUUCAUAAUUCACCUAACUAA